UUUUGUGAAUAUCGUGAAGCAUCUGGAACACAACUAGUAUUUAGAAACAUCGAUAGUGCUGGAUAGUACUAACGAUAGUUAUUUAAAACCAUCGAUAGUGCAGGAUAGUACUAUCGAUAGUUCUACACUUCUAACGUAAACAUUUGCUGAGGUUAGAAUUUGGCAAUGGCUUCGGACAGUUGUACUUCUAAUGUUAGUCCCGCACUAGCAGUUCGUUCUAGCGUUGGAGUGGAACUACGGGCCUGCGAAAAUACAGAUUUGCAAUACGUGUACAAAUCGAGUCUUCCGCGGGAGGAAACUCGGAAUUGUCGAUCCAUAUCAUUCAGUUCUGAUGGUCACUAUUUCGCUUAUUCAAAUGGCAAUGAAGUUAAAGUACUGAGUACAACGGAUUGGAAAGUCAAAUGUUCGCUGCCUCGUCCAAAAGCCUUUUACCUCAAAUUCUCGCCGAUUGGAAAUUAUAUAUCGACAUGGGAGUUGUAUACUGUUACCAAAGACAAACCGGAGGGUUCCUCAAAUAUGUUCAUUUACGAUCUUAGUUCCGGAUCAGAAGUGUUUGAUAUUGUACAAAAAAAUCAAACUGAUUGGGAGCCAUCAUGGUCAACAGACGAGUCACUUUUUGCCAUAGUAAUAGGAGGCGAAGCACUGUUUUAUGAUCUAUCUGGUGACUGUAAAAAUUUUAAUACCUUUACGCGAAAGAUUGGAGGUAGCAGGGGCGCUAUUGUAUCUUUGUCCCCAGGCGCUAGUCCACCUUGUGUAGCGGUAUACACGCCUGGUGCUAAAGGAGGGCCUUCAAUGUGCAAAUUGUACAAGUAUCCUUCACUUUCACAAAACCAAGCUAUCGCUUGUAAAAGUUUUUUUCAAGCUGAUCGUGUUGAUUUACUUUGGAACAAGCGUGGGUCCGGAAUACUUCUACUGACUUCUACCGAAGUUGAUAAAAGUGGUGCAUCAUAUUAUGGAAAUCAAGCGCUACAUUUUAUGGCGACGAAAGGAGACUCGUGCUCCGUGCCGUUAUUUGUAUAGUCUCCCCAGAAUAUUAAAAGUGCGACAUCAAAGAAUUCGAAUUACCAUAUUCGAAACAAUCGAGCCAUAUCCGCGAAGGAAA